CUCGAGGCCAGACUCCUCCCGGGGAGAGAGUCUGGCAAACAGAGUCACUUUUCUUGGUUUUCAGACAGUCAAAAGUGGGCGUGGCGGAAAUGGGCGUGGUGACGAUGCUAAAACUGGCUGGCUAUUAUCUCUACUACAGAUUUAGUGAGAUUUGAAAGAUUUCUCUGUAUUUGAAAUAACAUUUUUAGUUGAUGUAUACAGGAAUUUAAGUUAGCCAUUGCCUACUGGCAUAGUUUUAAAAAUGACAAAGGUCAAGUACUAUCAACCUCCUCUGUGAAGUGGAAUCAUGUGACAGUUUAAUUGCAUUCUUGCGUAAUGCGUCGCCGCCCUUCAUUUGUGGGGUACUAUAAUUAUAUACAGUGUAUAUAGGCCUAUAUUGUUGCAAACAGACCUACACAUCAUCAGAAGUCAAUGGCUAAAAGAGUUGAUUUUUGCUGCUACCUUUUCCCCAAUUGUUUGAGUCAUGCAAAUGGAGAUCAUGAUUUUCCUUUGAUCGAGUAUUCUCAACUUCAGAUUUCAGAUGCUCAUGAAAACUGCACAUUCCCACAACCCAAGGCAGGGAUCUCACUGUGUCCAAUCCAUUGCAAGGAUGACACAACUAGUAUCGACCAAGUGGCUCCUCCAUUCAAAGUAGCCCCCAUGCAAGCUGAAGAACCCUGCAACGAGCCAUCAAUUCAAUUCUCUCUUUAUUUCGAUUCCCAAAAGAAAGUGCUUGCAGUCUAUCUUCAGCAAGCCUUCAAUUUCAGGAAGAAAUAUCCCAAAGGGCAAUAUUGGUUUGCACGUGUAUCCUAACAAGCAACAAGAACAUGUUUCAAAAAUUUCCUGUUACAAUCUAAGCCCAGUGUUUGAUCAGGUUUUUGAGUUUGAUAAUUUGGUCUGAAUCAAUCAAGCAAAUGCUAUAAUCAUUGGAGUGUACAAGCAUACAAGGUGUAUACAGUGGAGAAUGGUGGGAGUGAUUCCAGUGCAUCUGAAGUCAGUAGAUUUGUGUGGGAGAACAGCUCAAAGAAGGAUACUAGAGAACCCUAACUGAGACAUGAAGCUGUACCAGCACUCCUCAUCUUCAAAUAGAGAUGAUGAAAUCUCUUCUUCCGUCUCUUGCAGCUGUCAUCAUAUCGUUACAAGUGUAACUAGCAACAGUGUAACUACAAAACUUGUAAUUGCAUCACUGAUUGCUCUGCUCUUCAUGAUAGCUGAAAUAAUAGGUAUAUGCGUGUAUAAAAUCCUAGCAAUCAUGACUGAUGCUGCUCACAUGCUCUCUGACCUGGCCGGAUUCCUCAUCUCUCUGUUUGCCAUUUGGGUCGGCUCUAGACCACCCUCAAAGAGAAUGUCAUUUAGGUGGCAUGUGAGAGUUAUUGGUUAUUAGGUAUAGUUUUGCUAUGUAAGUAAUGUAACUGUAUAGCGUGUGGGUUGAAACCACUAAUGAAAGGCAUUUUUUAAUUACAACAGUUGAAGUAACUGCCAAAGGGCCUUUUCUAAAUGGGAAUACCGUAUAACAGUGGAAGUAGUACUAGCUACCAAAGGAAAUUUAAUACCAUAUAUACAAUAGUGGAAGUUUCUGCCGAGUUUCAGUAACUCCAUACUAGUUAUAGCCAUUGUAAUUUUUAGCCUAACUUUCAUUUACUCUUAUUAUUCCUACUUAUGGUUAUGAUACUUAGGUUAUUACUUCAUUACGUUUACUUAAUAUUUGAAGGCCACGUCUUUAUUACAACCACUGUUCCUCUAUUUCACUACAUUACGUACAUUUCACUGUCAGUGUCAAUAGCAGUCUAUAGCUACAAAUAACAAUAUAACGACUAUUAACCACACCCACCCCGGGCCCUCCUCCUGCAGGUUCACAGCUAGUUUCAAGCAAGAUAAGGAGCCGUGCCAGCU